AUGUCUAAUUUUGAACCCAAUGCCGUCAUCCGCGGUUUCCAGCUCACAGUUGUUGGAACUGUUCGCGCGCUGCGCAACCCGAAGCUCUUCAAAUACGAUCAUUUUCGACAAGCAGCUCUGGCUAUAGCUGUUGGUGUGGCUAUUCAUUUGAUCAUUCAGAUUCCGAUCAUCGGAGUCAAAUUUCUCCUUUGGAUCGCAUCAUGGUUUUCCGAUCUAGACCGCAGCACCUGGGAUGACUCCAUCAUGAGCGGCGUGAACUUCCUUAAUAACUCUGUUCUCCAAGUGCCGUUUCUGCUCAUGACUCUGAUGCGCUAUGUGACUCCAACUCUAGACGAGAUUUUCAUGGAGUCUUUGAAGUGGGUUGAUUCAACCUACGUUCAAAAGCACAAGGCCGAUGAUCCGAAGACCCUGCGGGCCAUGUACUACCCUCACCUAGUGAUGUAUUCCACUAAGGGCGCUACUGGGGUGUCCAAACCCGUCCCAGAAGCAAUUCUGCUGUUCCUGCGCAGAUAUGGACGCAAAUUUGGAAUGCUUCUUGGCCUCUACAUUCUUUCGCUUCUUCCUGUGGUCGGACGAUUCGUCAUGCCGGCAGCCUCCUUUUACACUUUCCAAAGUAGUGUAGGGACAACGCCUGCGGCGAUCAUCUUCGGAACAGGUCUGGUGCUGCCCAAGCGGUUCAUUGUGCGGUUUCUACACACCUAUUUUGCUUCUCGCAGUCUGAUGCGUGAACUGCUGGAGCCAUACUUUUGCCGAGUCCAUUUCACGUCGGAGCAGAAGCGCCGCUGGUUCUUGGACCGUCAAGGUGUGCUGUUUGGCUUCGCAUUCGCCUUCACCGUGGUCUUGAAAGCACCCUUCAUCGGCGUGCUGAUGUACGGUGUCGCGCAAGCAUCGACCGCGUACCUGGUCACCAAGAUCACCGAUCCCCCACCAAGCCCUGCCGAGAGCGAAGGAUUUGCUGAGAGUCAGGUCACCUGGAAGAACAAGCACGAUUUCCUCCGGUUGUCGCUUGAUAACCUCGACAAACUCAACGUCGCUCUGCAAAACGAAGGAGUUUCGGAGGGCACCAAAGUACCAGGGACUCCAGGACGGAAAUACAGCUAG